AUGAAUGAAAUAACAUUAAAAGAUAAAAUAAAUGAACAAAAAAAAGUUCAAUGCUCUAUACCGAAGUUUAUUCUUAAUAAUGAAAUUUUAAAAAGAGCAAUAAAAAAAUCAUUACCAGAAAAUUAUAAUUUUGAAGUAUAUAAAUGUAUUGAUAUAAUUUUAAAAGAAAAAUAUAAAAAUAUUGUUUUACAAUUACCAGAAGGACUACUUAUAUGGGGAUUAUAUCUUUCAGAACUUUUUUAUUUCUUUUGUGAUUGUGUAGAGGAAGUUAUAAUAUUAGGAGAUGUAACUUAUGGUGGUUGUUGUAUUGAUGAUUUUACUAGUGAUAAAUUAAAGUGUGACUUAAUAAUCCAUUAUGGUCAUUCAUGUUUAAUUCCGCUAACAGUUACAAAAAUAAGAUGCAUAUAUGUUUUUGUUGAUAUAAAGUUAAAUUCUAGUCACUUAGUAAAAACAAUUAAAAAAAAUUUUAACAAAAAAGAUAUUAUUUUAUUAUUAGGAACAAUUCAAUUUUCCUGUAUUAUACACAGUGUUCAUAAUAUUUUGAAAACAGAAAAUUAUUUUGAUACAUUUCUACCUAUACCGCAAGUAUUACCUUUAACUAAAGGAGAAGUGCUUGGUUGUACAUCUCCGAAUUUAUAUCUUUUUUUAUAUGAACAAGUUAUAAAAAAAAAAAAAGAAACUGAAAAUAAUGAAAUCGAAACUAAUUUAUGUAAAAAUAUAGAAAUAAAAAGUAACAUAAAUGAAAACAAUGAAUCAUAUAUUAUUAAUGAAUGUAGAAAAUUUUUAAAAGAAAAUAAUAUAAAGAUUAUUUUUAUAGCUGAUGGAAGAUUUCAUUUAGAAAGCUUAAUGAUCCAUAAUCCAGACUUUUCUUUUUAUCGUUAUAAUCCAUUUGAUAAAGUACUAUCAGAAGAAAAAUAUGAUUAUAAACUAUUUUAUGAAAUUAGAAAAAACGAAAUAAAAAAAUGUAUAAACUGCAAAACAGUAUGCAUCAUUUUAAGUACUCUAGGUAGACAAGGAAAUGUUAAUAUUUUAAAAAAUAUUAUUAGUAUAUUAAAAGAAAAAAAUAUAUACUUUUUUAUCCUUUUAUUAUCUGAAAUUUUUAAUGAAAAAUUACAAUUAUUUAAAAAUGUAGAUGUAUUUAUUCAAAUUGGGUGCCCUAGAUUAUCAAUUGAUUGGGGUAACUACAAUUUAAAACCUUUAUUAAAUACAUAUGAAGCAUAUGUAUUAUUAAAGUCGGUAAAAUAUAGAGAAAUUUAUCCAAUGGAUUACUAUUCACAUUCUGGUAAUGAAUGGAGUAAUUAUAAUGCAGGAAUUGGAGAUGUUAAUGAAAAAUACUUAACUACAAAAGAAAUCAUAAAGAGACGAAUACAAUUAAGGAAAAAUAAAAUUAAUAUACAUUAUCAAUAA